AUGUACUCCCUUCCGUGGCCCGCCCAGCCCCGCAGCCAGCGGCCGCUCCGAGCGCAGGAGCCGCGGGCCCAGCGGGGCCGGCCCAGAGCGCCUCGGGGGCAGCGCCGCGCGCCNGGGGCGCUGGGGGCGGCGGAGCGGCGCCAGCCGGCAGAUACUGCUCUUCCAAAGUUCAACAUUGACUUGGCUGUAGCACUGCUGAGGCAAGAAAAUGCUAAAGACAUCUGUGUCAUCCAGCUAUCUCCAGAACUAAAAUACUGUGAUUAUUUUAUAAUUGUGAGCGGAUUUUCAACACGGCAUCUCCAUGCAAUGGCAAAUUACAUGCUGAAAAUGUACAAGCAUCUCAAAGAAGAAGGUGGUCCUCAUACUCACAUUGAAGGAAAACAGACAGAUGACUGGCUGUGCAUUGACUUUGGUAACAUAGUGGUCCAUUUCAUGCUGCCAGAGACACGAGAAGUUUAUGAACUGGAGAAGCUGUGGACUCUUGGUCCCUACGAUGACCAGUUAGCACAGAUGGCUCCACAGUCCCUGCCAAAGGACUUUAUCUUUGGACUGACUCCUAACAGCAGUGAUCAUCUUGAGACAAGAACUUGAAGCAGCUACUGCAUGGAAAGAGGACAAGUGUGCCUGAGUCAUACAGUCUUGAGAACUGAGCAGUCAGUACAGUUGAUCAGUACAAAACAGAGUUUUUAUUGGAUUUGCCCAGGUAGAAUUCUGAGCAAGCUAAAGUGAGCAGAAUCAUGGAAACUUAAGAUUGGAUUGGGAAAAACCCUGAAGAGUCCAGCCAUGAAAUGUCAGAGAAGGAGUCCUGGCAGAGCUUCCCAGGGAAGCCAUUGGCCUAGUGGAGUUUGCAGUGAGAAGAGCAGGGCAAAGACAGCUGCUUAAGCUGGAACUCAUGCUCAGCCUCUAGAGUAAUUGUUUUUCUAAAUCUUUGAAAGACACCCUGUAGUGGUAGUGCAAAACAGACUGGAGUGCUGCAAGGAAAAACUGAAAUAGUACAGUUGAGAUGACGCUUCUUGUGUUGAGCCAUUUGCUUCUGGUCACAAUAAAGCAAGUCAUGGUCUGAAUUGGGGGCUGAAAACAGACUGGUGUUACUGAGAACAUAAAAGCCAAGAGCAACAGUGACAAAUAAAUGUGCUUUGAGUUAUCAGAACAGUAAAUCAGUUUUCCAGCCAAGGCAAACCUGGUUUUAAUAAUAAAAAAGCCCCAAACUGAA